AUGGCUUCAAGCUCCAACCUUCUCUCCGACGAGCUCAAAUGGGUCAUGCAUAUCCGUCGAGCUCUAGAAGAAGAGCUCGAAGAUGCUGACGACCUUCCCAUCUCCAUCUCCGGCGUGCCUAAGCCAUUGCUCUGCAGCAAGCCUCAGUGCUAUGUUCCACAAUCCAUAGCUCUUGGUCCUUAUCACCAUUGUCGUUGUGAUCUCCAUGAAAUGGAGAGAUUCAAGAUCUCAGCUGCCAAACGAUCCCAGCAAUGGAUUCCGGGCUUCAAGUUUCAAAACCUCGUUGAUCUCUUUGCCAAGCUUGAAUACCCAAUCCGUGCACACUAUCAUAGGUAUCUGGAUUUCAAUGGAGAUACUUUAGCUUGGAUGAUGGCCAUUGAUGCCUCGUUCUUGCUUGAGUUCCUCCAAGAUGAGACCUUGCAUCACUCUGUGCGCCAUCUAAUGCUUCGUGAUGUAGUGAUGCUAGAGAACCAGAUUCCAUUGUUCCUCUUGAGAAGGAUGUUGGAAAUUAGGUGUUCAUCUUCUGGGAUUGCAGAUCAAGUCUUAGGCUCAAUGUUGCUUGGAUUCUUGAAGGAGAUAUGUCCAUUUGAGGUGGUGAAGAUCAAUGCUUUGCAGCAUUCUCACUUACUGGAAGUCAUUUACUACUCUGUUGUACCAAGAACGAAAGAUUCAAUUUUUGACAAAAUUAACGAAGAUGAUGAGAAGGAAAAGCAGGGAAUUCAUGAGAAUUGUGGCAAAUUAAACUCAUUCAUCUGCAUUCUCAUAGAUUUUCUUACAAGCAGAGUGUCAGCUCUUGCCAUUAUAGUAUUUAAAUUCUUGGUGAAGAUACCAUGGAACAUAGUCACAAAGUUUCCAAUGUUCAUGAUCAUCAAACAACCAUUAGAGAACCUAUUUUCCUCUCAAAUGGAACACCAGAGCUCCAAGGACAAUGAAGCGAGCAAAGACUCACCACCACUAGUGGAAGAAAUUGCCAUUCCUUCAGUCGCAGAGCUCAUCGGAAUUGGAAUUGCUUUCGUCCCAGUAGACGGAGAUUUAUCAGUCAUUAGCUUUGAUGCAAACAAGGCGAAACUCCACCUACCUGUAAUCAACCUUGACAUGAACUCAGAGGUUGUUUUAAGGAACUUAGUUGCAUAUGAGGGGACAAUCAUACAAGGACCAAUGUUGCUCACUAGGUACAUUGAAUUCAUGAAUGGAAUCAUAGACACAGAAGAGGAUGCAAGGAUUUUGAGAGAGAACAAGAUUGUGUUCAAUAGGAUGAAGAGUGAUAGUGAAGUAGCUGAGCUUUGGAAUGGAAUGAGUAUGUCAGUGAGGUUGACAAAGGUUGCAGAACUUGACAAAGUCAUAGAGGAAGUCAACAAGUAUUACAACAAUACAUUGAAAGUGAGAAUGAGUAGGUUGAUCAAUAAAUGCUUGCUCUGUUCAUGGCUUCCUUUUGUUUGUAUUGUUUCUCUGCUGGUUUUAAUCAUUGUUAGCUUGCAAGCUUCAUGCGUUCCUUCUUCUCAUUCAGGAAAACAAUAA